AUGCGCGGCAUCUUCGUCUUGCCCAAUGAAAUACUCCUCAGCAUCUUGAGUAGCUUUCCAACGAGGGAACUGGUCCAAUUCUCCACCACCAACCGCCACUUUCACAGCCUCGUGGUACGUUUGCUGCAGCACAGACUGCAACUCGCAGCAGCUCUUGAUGGCUAUACGAUGUAUCUGGAGUGCGGGCCUCCAGCAGCGAAAUGGACUCUUCAGAAAGUUCUCUGUACCGGUCUGGGCACCGGUGGUAUGCAAGAGUUGAGCACAGACAUCGAGCGUGGUGACAAAUGUGUUGGUAUUAUAAAACAAAUGGGACAGUUGCGUACUAGAUUCAGGCCCGUCACAAAAGAGCCCGACUGGCUUAGUCUGCCUCGACCACAUCCAGCAGGCGACAUACCUGGAUCGCGGACAUAUGUGCCAGCAGAAGCCGCAGCGGCCAAGCUAGCGGAUGCUGGGAAUGCCGUGAUGAGAGUGGUGAGCAUUGAUGCCGACUGCCUCUUCUCGCAGCUCGAGACAGUCGCCUUUCUCGGCAGACGCCAAGGCACUGCAGGCAUCCUGUGCGGCUUUGUCGAUGUCUGUAGAGGGACCAUUCGUGUAUGGAGAAACUGGCUGUCCAAACAGUGCGAGAGCAAGAGGUGGACGGAUGGUGAGCAGAUUGCAAUAAUUCACGAGGAUGGCGAUGGUAAUCGCACAGCUCGAUCCGAUAGCAUUACCGGUGUGACAGACCCUCACAAAGAUCCCAGCAUCCUUUGGCUCAAUACUGGCCGCGAGGACUAUGGUAUCAAGUUUCGGGUCAAAGAGCAGAAAUGGAGACGGGACCAACCAAUCUUGGCCAGCGAGUACGAGAGUCCCGUGAGCUAUAAUGUAGAGCUGGAAGAGAUCUUGGUCUCAACUGCUCGCCUCCUAUUGAACCUCGAGGACGCCCAGCGUCGCGAUGUGGAAGACUCUGGUCGUGCGCUCAUAUUCGGGUCCUACUCUGAUUACGCUGCGUGA